GCGGGGCGAGAGCGAAAGUGAAAGUGAAAGUGAAAGCGGCGCCGAGGGGCGAUGGCGGCCGGGCCGGGGCUGGGGCUGCUGCUGGCGGGGCUCUGCCUGCUGCAGGGGGGGGCAGCGGAUUUGGGGACCCCCACGGGGGGCCCCCCUGCCCCUCUCCCCCCUCUGCUCUGUCCCCUCCUGGGUCCGGGGGGGGUUCUGAGCCAGAAGCCGGCUGUGCUGUGGCUGAGGGGGGGCUCCGACCCUCCCCCCCCACCCCCCAACACCUCCCAGGACCCCAACAGCACCUUCGAUGUCACUGACCCCUGGGGUACCCUGACCAGGGCAUGGAGACCCUCCUGGACCCCCCCCAAAUGCGAGCUGAGCCCCACGGUGCUGACACUCACCCCCCCACCCUGGGCGCCUUCUCUGGGGCUCCACACCCGCAGCCCCCUGGGUUUGGGGGGGUCCUGGUGGGUGGCAUCGUUGGGGACCCCCGGCUACGGCGUCACGGCGCUGCUGCAGGGGCAGAGCCCCCCCACCACCGCCACUGCUGUCACUGCCACACUAUCAGUGUUCACACUGACCCCGGAGCUGAGGGGCUCCCCAGGGACCCCCCUGGAUCUCCACUGCGCCUUCACCUCCCCGCCGGGCCCCUUUGCCCUGGAGUGGCGGCAGCAGCACCGCGGCGCCGGCCGCCGCCUCCUCACCUACGACUCGGCCACCUCCAGCGCCCCCGAGGCCACCCCCGGGGUGCAGCUGCUGCUGGGGACAGCCGGGGGGCCGGGGGGACACGUCAGGAACGUCACCCUGCGCCUCGACCCCCUCCACGUGUCCCACCAGGGCACCUACAUCUGCGCCGUCUUCCUGCCGCGGGGACAGGCGCAGCAGGUCCUGCACGUCCGUGUGCUGGAGCCCCCCACGGUGACCCUGCGCCCGUCCCCGCUGGUGGUGGCCCCGGGCUCGGCGGCCGAGCUGCUCUGCGACACCUCGGGCUACUUCCCCCUGGACGUGGCGGUGAGGUGGCAGCGCCGGGCCGGGGCCUCUGGGCCGCUCUUACCCCUGGAGGAGACGGUGGCCAAGACCUGGGCCACGGGCCACCGUCAAGGGCCCGGUGGCACCUUCAGCCGGAGAAACGGGAUCCGUCUGGUCCCGGCCAGGCUCCAGCACCACGGCGACGUCUACAGCUGCCUGGUGACCCACGCGGCGCUGCGGGCCCCACGGAGCGUCCACGUGAGGCUGGAGGUGGCUGGAGCCGCGGGGCCAGGCAUGGAGGACGUGGUGGGGCUGUUUCUGGUGGCCUUUGUGCUCUGUGGACUCUGGCGCUGGCUCAACCCCCCCUCUCUGCACCCCGCCCCGGAUCCCAAGAAAACAAACUGAUCCCGAGGCUGGAGAACGACCAUGCUGCACCAAAUAAAGGCUUUCUCACCCCAAACAA